GGGUUCCUAGCGAAAUAUAAAUAACCUAUGAUUUAACCGAUAUGGUCUGAUCGCGGCUUCUCUGGAACGUUCUAGAACAUCAAAUUAGUUGCAUAUCAGAAAUGAAUUUCGCAAGAAAAAUUACAUCAUAAGCGAUGUCAAAGUUUCACGAGAUUACAAUCGAUUAGAUCUACGCACUCAUUGAUCGACUCGUCCAAUAAAGCAGUCAGCGCCAUUGACUCGCUCAUUCGCUGGAUAACUCAAAUCACUCUCUCACUCACUUUUUCACUCGCUCGUUCAACCUUACCUUUACUUUUUCCCCCACUCUAUCACUCAAAGAGGGAUUGUGUAAUUUUGCCAUACCACACAAUACAUAAAAUACAUGGAUGUUUCAAGUUCGUCACAAAAGUAAACUUCUGUUCAUACUCAAGCGUAUCUUAGUUAAACAUAAAUCGCGUGACGGGGAAUACCACUGGAGGUGACGCAAUAAGAAUAACAAGUUUAACAUUAUGAAUGAAACACAUGAGCUUUUUACAUGAUAUUGGUUGUCAUUUUGAAAUUAGCGUUUUUAAUCGACAGACGGAAAUAAACAAAUGAAAAUCGUGAUUUGUAAAGAAACAAAAAAAAUGAUUCACGGUCACCAGGCAAACGCCUCCUGGCAUUUUGUGCUAGUUUUCUCGAUUGCUUUAAGUUUGUGUAUUGUUACCGCUGUGGAUAGUAAGUGUUCGGCUAACGAAAACAAAUAUUGGGAUAGAAAAUUGAAGGUCUGUGCCAAAUGCACAGAGUGCGCACAUGGACAAGCACGGAAUCUUUCGGAAAAGUACAUUGGAUCCGCUGUGCGCAAAGGUGAUACUGGCUGCCUGCCGUGCCAACGGCCUCCACCUGGGUAUUACAUCCGCGUCUUACGGAAUGAUGCAUUUUUCCAGCUGUGUGGGAAGAAGUGCGCCGACCUCUUCCGCCAUCAGCAGAUACCGUGUGGGGACUUCAGUGACGCCGUAUGCGGGUCUUGUUAUGCGGGUUAUCGCGAAGAGACGAAUAAUGCUGACUUUGCCUGCAUUAAAAACACACCACCCACCACCACUACCAUGCAGUCAACAGCUUCGGCACUUAAGACCAACCUCGUCAAUGGAACAGAACAGUUGAGCAACGACAUAAUGCCUACGUCUGAUACCGGCACUGGCGCGUUGGUAGCGAAAAAGGAUGAGGGCUCAUCGUCAGCUACGAAGCUUACAGUGGGCAUAUCAUGUGGCGUUGUAGCAGUCGUUGGUUGCUUGGCUAUUGUGCUUUCGGUGCGUUGGAAGAAAUUGAAACAGAGCCAGUUAGAAGUAAGACAACAUCCAGAGGAAUGUUUUGAGAUGAUAGGAGGCCGUCAGGAAAAUGCGACCAUUCCAGUAGGAGACAGCAGAAGUGACAUGACAACCGACAGUCCACCUCGACGGACGAAUAUUGAAGGCUACUCAUUACUCACUCAAUCAGCAGCGGCUAAUGAAUUCCAAAAUGUAAAUUUCAAAGAAGCGAGAGAAGAACAUCAUAUGUCAAUACCUCAAGAUCGCCCCAACCGCGUGGAUAUGAGCCUUGCUAGCAAUCCUAGUGUCUUGACAAUGGACGGUCCUCGAAGGCCGACGACGAAUAAUUAUUGUCGUCCAGAGCUAUCCAUUGUAAUGACGACCGUUACAGAGAAGCAUAAUGCUAUGCCUCUCGACAUAAAUCGACACCUUUCGCGAUCCAUAGAGUGGACGAUAUGUAAGUGCCAGGAACGAAGAGAGUGCAAUUGCAAACACCUUUCCGAACAAUCAAAACGCAUCAAGAUGCUUGACAAGAUGGAUUCAAUCGAUAUUGUUGCUAGACACAUCUGCCAUGACCCAAAAUAUUUCUUUCAAAGUCUAAAAGUUGUUAACUCCAAAUUUUACCAAACUUUCGUCGACAUAGAUAGACGGGAGGAAAGGGCGGAAUCUUACCGAAAUGUUCUUAGAAAAUGGGUCGAGAUUAAAGGAGACACAGCGUUCCUGUCCGAUUUGAUAGAUGCCCUUUGUAAGAAUAACUUUCAUGACAUUUCUAAUGCCAUAGCAAGAGAUAUGAAUGCCGAAACGAACUUGAAACACAUGGCCUGAACAAGAAUUGGCGUAGUGCAAUGUUUUGUGCAUAGAAGGUGACAUACAGAUAGUUUAUUCAGACUUAUACAACAGGUCAUCGUCUUCAUACUAAAAUAUACAAAUUAUUAACUGUCAUGAUGAAGACAUUUAAAGAUUGAUAACGCCUAAUUAAAUGCUAUAUUUAAGAUUAAUUAUGCAACAUAGCAUACGUUGUUUGUGGAGUACGGACCCGUGCCUUUAUUCUAUUGAACGUAUCUAUUAGUUCUUUUUACGGGACUUUACAUAGGCCAAAUAUGUGAAAUGAAUCAGGUGCGCGUUAAUGUGCCAUUCUAAGCAGUGCAGCUAUUGAUUCCAGUGAUAUUAUGUCAGAUAUUGCUGUAGAUAGUUCGCUGGUGUCAUAAGUGUGUUUUGAUGUUUUAUUAUUUUUAUUAAUAAGUUGCUGUUGUUGUUGUUUUUUUACAUUAUGGAGGCUGGUACUCGUUUGUUAAAAAAAGAUAUUAAGAAAAUACUGACAAAAUCGUU